UAACCAGAUGUACCACGGUUUCUAUUUUAAGUUCAAGCAGAGAAUCAAUGUGCUGAUUCUGUCACAUCAGUCCUGAUGUGAAUGCGUCUCAUACGUGUGCAGCUCAGCAGUACAGUGAAGUCACUGGAGUGCGCGCUUUACCUGCGGAGCGCGGAGACAGAGGUGCGCGCAUCAGAGAGGAGGAGGGCGCAACAGCGCUUAAAUACCGGAGACAUCACAAAUCCAGAAUCACAGCAUCACCCUGCAAACAUCAGCAACUGAUACACGGCAAAAAAUAUGGCAAACGCGUACCUUCAAGGAGUAGAAAUCUCCGCUUCACAGUUCCUGGAUAUUUUCCAUCAUUAUGACAACGAUGGUAAUGGAUAUAUCGAGGGUAAGGAGUUGCAGAAUUUUAUCAAAGAACUUCAACAAGCACGAAAACAAGCCGGAUUGGAACUAACAGACAAAAUGAAGGCCUUCGUGGAGAAAUAUGAACAAAAUGCUGAUGGGAAAAUAGGUAUCGUUGAGUUGGUACAAAUACUACCCACAGAAGAAAACUUCUUGCUAUUUUUCAGACAACAGCUAAAGUCUUGUGCAGAAUUUAUGGAGGCCUGGAGAAAUUAUGAUGCUGAUCACAGUGGAUACAUUGAAGCGGAUGAACUUAAGAACUUUUUGAAAGAUCUGCUUCAGAAGGCCAAAAAACCAUAUGAUGAGAAGAAAUUAGAGGAAUACACACAGACUACGCUUAAGAUUUUCGAUUCAAAUAAAGAUGGGAAAUUAUGUCUGUCAGAAAUGGCAAGGCUGCUACCAGACCCAGAGAAUUUUCUACUAAAAUUUCAGGGUGUAAAAAUGGCCAGAAAAGAGUUCAACAAGAUUUUUGAGUUAUAUGACCAGGACAGAAACGGUUACAUGGAUGAAAAUGAGCUUGAUGCCCUUCUCAAAGAUCUUUGCGAGAAAAACAGCAAGGUGCUAGAAGUCAACAAAAUCCCGAUAUAUAAAAGCGCCAUCAUGGCUCUGUCCGAUGGAGGAAAGCUGUACAGAACAGAAUUAGCGCUGGUGUUGUGUGCAGAGGAGAUGUGAAGCCCACCACAAUACCCCCGCCUCUCAUACCAUCCUAGAACCACACCCACUGUCCAUCUGUGACAUUUAAAGCAGCUAGAUCGUAUGCACAUUUCAUUGACCUUUAACACUUCACAUAGACCCACAAGCAGUGACUCAUCAUUUUUGAUUUGUUGUUUCUAUACGGUUUCUAUAAGUGUACAGAUUUUUUUAUGACGACACAAAUACGAAACUUAUGAACCGCACCAUGCACACCACAGACAUGAAACAUCUUUAACAAAGAGGAAACACAGUAACAAUUGCCAUACGUACUUUUAAUAUCAAAAAUUUAUGCCAAGAGCCAAUAAUGAGUAUUCUUAAUAAUAAUUGAUUUAUCUUACGACAUCGUAGCCGAAAGCAAUAAUGUCACACAGAAUGACGAUUAACAUGGCCUCUUGAUGGGAUUUGUUUUAAACUUGAAAUGGCUACAUUUACUUUUGCGAUGCAUGUUUGUAGAUGGCAGUUCCUGCUGUUGAGGCAUUUACACUGGUCUACAAGGAGAUAGAAAUAAAAAUAGCUAAAUUUGACUAGAAUUGGGCCAAUAAUAAAGGAAAAUUAAGUCCUGGGUGUUAAUUGGCUACAGUUUCCAAGAUACAGCUUCAGGUCAAAAAUGCAUCAACAUAUUGUCCGCUUAUAAGUUUUAUAAUUUUUCAUGUAACUUUUCAUGCUUUUUUCAUGAAAAACUGACCGAAUUGUUUCAAAGAAAAAAAUAUCACGUGACUGUUCCUUGGAAAUGUUAGGCAAUGUAUGAUGCGUAGAUCUGGCCAAGAAAAAAAGUUUCCUCACAAUUAAAGACCAAUCUUAAAGUGAAGAUACAUUUAUAAAGUUUCAUAUGGUACCAUUUUCAUUAUUUUACUGUACUUUGUCGAGAGGUUACGAGGCAUCAUGAUCAUCAUCUGACACACCCCUCCCUCCCUUGUAGGCAGAUAUACCCGCCGGGGUAUAGAUAAUUAGAAAUCUUUAUCGUGAAGUAUCUUGAAAACUUUAGCCAAACAGCACCUUUAUUACCCGUUUUCUAAUUUAUCUAAUCAAAAUAUGUUAAUUAACUUUAUUUUGGAGGUCAAUAGUUUAACACAAUUUGUAGACCAGUGCCGAUUGUAAUGCAUCGCCCCAGUCCUGUCUCUGACCUUAUUUUGCACUGUUAAAUGACAUGCUCUUCUAUGCUGAACACCAUAGACACUGUGUAAGAAAAUAUUAAACUUACUGAACGACUGGCUACCUAAAAAUUCA